AUGACCAAGCUUAUCACCGGCACCAUCUCCGUCUCCAGCGUCGACGUGAACCACCCUGAAGGAUGGUUCGCAACCCUUAAGAGACGUUUCAAACCGCACGCAACCACGGCCACAGUGCAACUGCAGCAAGCCACCUAUUUCUGGAUCGACGUGAGACACGCGCGUCCAGCAUCCGCGUGGGCGCAAAACUUCUUGCGAAUGGCACAGGCUGCAGGCUUCGGCGACACCACGCAGCAACUUCGCAUGAUCUGGGUGAAGAUCGAUCCUGCCGUACAGCGCGACAUCCCAGAGCCCACCGAGACCACAACGGUCGACAACUUCAUGCAGCAACUGGACCGUCGCUACAGCCAGUGGCUCGGUAUGAGCGUCGCCCGAGAGAAUUUCCCGGACGGACAGUCGUACCAACAAUCACCGCCCGCAAGGCAGGCAGCCAAGGACCUACCAACAGCAGAGGAACCUUGGAAAGGUGGGAUUGAAGAUAAGGCUUAUAUAAGAUCAAUUCCCAGCUGGGCCCAGCACAGACAGUACAUUUACCCCGCCGGAUUCGGGGCAAGUGACUUCAUCGCUACAGAUAUCUAA